GUGACCUGAGCUGAAGUCGGACGCUUAACCGACUGUGCCACCCAGGCGCCCCGUUUUUCUAAAUAUAUUUUAAUAGCUAUGUAAAAUUCUAUCACUUGUAUAUACUAUUAUUCACUUAUUCCUACAUUGUUAGACAUUGAAGAUGUUUCUAAAUUUUCUUUAUUACAAAUAAAACUAUAGGAAACAUGCAUUUUUAUAUGGUAACUUUCCUAGGAGUGUUGUUCCUCAGUGGAAUGGCAUAAUCAGUCCUGACACUUUUUGUGCAUAUUGCCAAUUUGCUUUCCAAAGUAAUUAAAGCAGUUUAUAUUCCCACCAGUGGUUUCUCUUUUGUUUCACAACCCUCUAACAAAUGUUGAGUAUUCUUAUUUUCCUUUAAGUUUCAUUAAAUUGAUAGGUAAGAGAUGGUAUAGAAAAUAGAGUUUUAAGUUCACUUUACUUGUUACUUUAUACAUUAUAGAGCAUGAUGAAUAUAUUAAUAACAUUUGCAUCCCCAAACCUUUUAAAAUACUAGGCUCUAUAUGUUGAAGCUGUAUGACUCUAGCAAGUAUUUACGUAAUUCAGAUGAACAGUGGAAUUUUGAUCCAAUUUCUUUACUCAUUUAUUUCUCUGGAUCUUAAUUUCUAUGUGUAAAAUGGUGAAAUCAGACUUAGUCACUUAGUGUAAGACUGUGCUAGUUAUUAGGAAUAUACAGCUCUAAUGUUGGGUCAGUUAAUAAAUUAGCAGAGAAAUAUGUAUAUAUGUGUAUAAUUUUAUACACCUUAAUAUAUUUUAUAUAAAAGUUAAAAACAGUAUUUUAAUAUGUUGUAGUGUGGGAGAUGACAGAUGUCUAAAGAGAGAAACAGUGCUGUGGUAUGGAAUACUGAAGAGGUCAUUUAGCCCAGCAUGCCAGUUCGUGUUCCUUUUAGGUGUUUUCCAUGCUCCAUCAUGUUGAGGGCUAAGACUUGGCUUCUUUUGCUUUCACCUCAUCACCUGAAGCAGCUCAAAGAGUCAUCAGGAUCCAGGCUUAUAUGGCGGAGACUUCUGCACCAGCAACAACCCCUUCAUCCAGAAUGGGCUGCCCUGGCCAAAAAGCAGUUGAAAGGCAAAAACCCAGAAGACCUGAUAUGGCAUACUCCAGAGGGGAUCUCCAUAAAACCCUUAUAUUCUAGCAGGGAUACCAAUGACUUACCUGAAGAACUUCCAGGAGUGAAGCCAUUCACACGUGGACCGUAUCCCACCAUGUACACCUUUAGGCCCUGGACCAUCCGCCAGUACGCUGGUUUUAGUACUGUGGAAGAAAGCAAUAAGUUCUAUAAAGACAAUAUUAAGGCUGGUCAGCAGGGAUUAUCAGUUGCCUUUGAUCUGGCGACACAUCGUGGAUAUGAUUCAGAUAAUCCUCGAGUUCGUGGUGAUGUUGGAAUGGCUGGUGUUGCUAUUGACACUGUGGAAGAUACCAAAAUUCUUUUUGAUGGAAUUCCUUUAGAAAAAAUGUCAGUUUCCAUGACCAUGAAUGGAGCAGUUAUUCCAGUUCUUGCGACUUUUAUAGUAACUGGAGAAGAACAAGGUGUACCUAAAGAGAAACUCACUGGUACAAUCCAAAAUGAUAUACUAAAGGAAUUUAUGGUCAGAAAUACUUAUAUUUUUCCUCCAGAACCAUCCAUGAAAAUUAUUGCUGACAUCUUCCAAUAUACAGCAAAGCACAUGCCAAAAUUUAAUUCAAUUUCAAUUAGUGGAUACCAUAUGCAGGAAGCAGGGGCUGAUGCCAUUCUGGAACUGGCCUAUACUAUAGCAGAUGGGUUGGAAUACUGUAGAACUGGACUCCAAGCUGGUCUGACAAUUGAUGAAUUUGCACCAAGGUUGUCUUUCUUCUGGGGAAUUGGGAUGAACUUUUAUAUGGAAAUAGCAAAAAUGAGAGCUGGGAGAAGACUCUGGGCUCACUUAAUAGAGAAAAUGUUUCAGCCUAAAAACUCUAAAUCUCUUCUUCUAAGGGCUCAUUGUCAGACAUCAGGAUGGUCACUUACUGAGCAGGACCCUUAUAAUAACAUCAUUCGUACUGCAGUAGAAGCAAUGGCGGCAGUGUUUGGAGGGACUCAGUCUUUGCACACAAAUUCUUUUGACGAAGCCUUGGGUUUGCCAACUGUGAAAAGUGCCCGAAUUGCCAGGAAUACACAAAUCAUUAUUCAAGAAGAAUCUGGGAUUCCCAAAGUGGCUGAUCCUUGGGGAGGUUCCUAUAUGAUGGAAUCUCUCACGAAUGAUGUUUAUGACGCUGCCUUGAAGCUUAUUCAUGAAAUUGAAGAGAUGGGUGGAAUGGCCAAAGCUGUAGCAGAAGGAAUACCUAAACUUCGAAUUGAAGAAUGUGCUGCCCGAAGGCAAGCAAGAAUAGAUUCUGGUUCUGAAGUGAUUGUUGGAGUAAAUAAGUACCAAUUGGAAAAAGAAGAAUCUGUGGAUGUUCUGGCGAUUGAUAAUACAUCAGUGCGUAACAAGCAGAUUGAAAAACUCAAGAAGGUCAAAUCCAGCAGGGAUGAAACCUUGGCUGAACGAUGUCUUGCUGCAUUGACUGCAUGUGCUGCCAGUGGAGACGGGAAUAUUUUGGCUCUUGCAGUGGAUGCAGCUCGUGCAAGAUGUACAGUUGGAGAAAUCACAGAUGCUAUGAAAAAGGUAUUUGGUGAACAUAAAGCUAAUGAUCGUAUGGUCAGUGGAGCCUAUCGGCAGGAAUUUGGAGAAAGUAAAGAGAUAUCAUUUGCUAUCCAGAGGGUUCAUAAAUUCAUGGAACGUGAAGGUCGCAGACCUCGUCUUCUUGUGGCAAAAAUGGGACAAGAUGGACAUGACAGAGGAGCGAAAGUUAUUGCUACAGGAUUUGCCGAUCUUGGUUUUGAUGUGGACAUCGGUCCUCUUUUUCAGACUCCCCGAGAAGUGGCCCAGCAGGCUGUGGAUGCAGAUGUGCAUGCCGUGGGUGUGAGCACGCUCGCUGCUGGUCAUAAAACCCUAGUUCCUGAGCUCAUCAGAGAACUUAACUCCCUUGGACGGCCAGAUAUACUUGUCAUGUGUGGAGGGGUGAUACCACCACAGGAUUAUGAAUUUCUGUUUGAAGUCGGAGUUUCCAGUGUAUUUGGUCCUGGGACUCGAAUUCCAAAGGCUGCCGUUCAAGUGCUUGGUGAUAUUGAGAAGUGUUUGGAAAAGAAGCAGAAAUCUGUGUAACAUCCUCUUUUUGAGUUAGCUUUUUUUCUAGAAUAGUCUUUCAAUGAUGGUCAAAGAGUAAAACUGUGUCUUCAAUUUAAUUCAACCCCUGAUACGUACUUUCUUAAAACUACAUUAAAAUACCUGACUUAAGAAUUUUGUGAUGUUAUAAGCGUGUAUGUACAGUUUCACUUUAAAAAUUAAAUAUACUUAAAAACUCUAUAAUACAUGCUCAGUACUUCAUCAGAAACUCUAGACAGUGGUAUUAUUUCAGAAAAUCAUGAUAUUUAUUUGAAGUAUUUCUUACAAAACUAUUUUUCUAUUUAAAAAAAAUUAAACUUUACCCUCCCCCAAAUUUCUGAUUAGUCUCAUUCUUCAGUUUAGCAUUGUAUUGACUUGAGCAUGAUAAAAUAAAAUUGAUAUAUGAAUAAAAUAAUUACACCUAUCUUGGAAAAAAUAAGGAAGCAUAUUUAUGUAGAGAAACAUAUUGUGGUUGUGGUCCUCAACCAAACUCUACCAGAAUUAUUUCAAUAAGAAUAUUAAGUUAGACCCAAAAGUUGGAACAGGGGAGAAAUGGCAGAAUAUUGCUUCAAAUCUGACUUUACUUUCUUCUUGGGCAUGAACAUGUGACUUUGUUAUUGCUGGGCUUGGCUCAAGACCAGGAGAGUGGAUGCUUAUAAAUAUUUCCUAAGAUGAAUGUGCUUAGGUUGUUAAUAUAUGACUUUCUCCAGAAUGAUGUUGUAAGCUGGGAGUAUAGAAGCUAAUGGUACAGUCCAAGGCUUAAGACUUGAUAACCAAGGGAGUGCAUGGUGUAAAUCACAGCCUAAGGGCAAGAGAAGCUGAUAUGAAGUGUCCCAAAUCAGUUAGUGAGGCAGGAAAUAAAAGGGGUGAAUUCCUCCCUCCUCUGCCUUUUACCUGUUUUCUUUUUCUUUCUUUCUUUCUUUCUUUCUUUCUUUCUUUCUUUUUCUUUCUUUCUUUCUUUCUUUUUGAGAGAGUGAAAGAGAGAGAGAGAGAGAGAGAGAGAGAGAAGUGGGACUCACUCAAAGCAGGGCUUGUGUUUUACCUGAAGCAGGGCUCUUGCUCACCUGAUGUAGGACUUGAACUCCCAAAUCACAAGAUCUUGACCUGAGCUACCCAGGUGCCCCUUUUGUUCUAUUCGGGUCCGCAACAGAUUGGAAGAUGCUCGCACACGUUAGGGAGGGCAACCUACUUUAUUAAAUCCGCUGAUUCAAAUGCUAAUUUUAUCCAGAACCACCCUAACAGACACUCCCAGAAAUAAUAUGUAAUCAGGGCACCCCAUGACCAGUCAAAUUGAUUACCUGUUGUAAGUACCUAUUACCUAAAAUUAUCACGGAGCCCUUGUACAUUGCUGGUGGGAGUGUACAAUGUUGUCGCUACUGGAGAAAAUGAUACAAUUCCUCAAAAACACUGAACAGUUACCAAACAGUCCAGCAAUUCCACUGCUAGGUAUAUAUGCAAAAGAACUGAAAGUGAGGUCUUGAAUAGAUAUUUGUGUACCCAUGUUCAUAGCAGCUUUAUUCACAAUAGCCCAGAGGUGGAAGCAACCCAAGUGUCCUUGAGAGAUAAGUGGAUAACAAAAUGUAUACUUAGAAUACUAGUCAGCCUUAAGAAAGAAGGAAAUCCUGACACAUGCCACAACAUAGAAAAAGCUUGAAGACAUGCUAAAUGAAAUCAGCCAGUCACAAAAGGCAAAUGAUUUUGUUUAUAUGAGAUUUCUAGAAUCGUCAAACUCACACAGGCAGAGAGUAGAAUGGUGGUUUCUAGGGCCUGGGGAGAGGGAAUGGGGCAUUAGGGAAUUGAAAGGUUAUAGAGUUUUAGUUGGGGAAGAUGAAAAGUUCUAGAGAUGGAUGGUGGCAAUGGUUGUGCAGCAAUGUGAGUGAACUUAAAGCCACAGUACAUUUAAAAAUGGUGAAGAAGGUAAAUUUUAUGUAUAUUCUACCACAAUAAAAGUAUUUAGGACAGUCUUUCCAUAUGGUACAUAUUUUAUAAAUGGUAUUAAUAUUGUUAUUGUAGUAUUACUAUUGUUAAAAAGAAUGGUAAGGCAUGAAGCUGGGAAGGUAGGCAGAAGCCAGAUUGUGUACAGAGGCAAGUUAAGGGAUUUGAACUUUAUCUUGAAAACACAGAAUCCUAUAAGGGUUUUUACUAAGGAACUAAUCUGACAAGGUUUGUGUUUAGCACAACAGCUGUGUGGAAGAUGCCUUUUAAUGGGGACAAGACGAGUUGAGAGAAGACUGUUAGAAUAAUGUAAUAGAGAUAUUCUUGGUAUCUAAACUUAUCUGCUCAGGUGCUGCUCGGAGACGACAAACAUGGAGAGGAUAAGAUCUUAUUUUGGAAGACUGAAUUGACAGAAUCUGUCUUCUAUCUUAAAAAAAAAAAAAAAAGGUUCUUGAUCCUUGGGUAUUCACUGUGUGGAAUCUGCUAUAUCCCCUCACCUAUUAUGGUGGUUCUUUUGUGGACCAUUUUUGAUGUGCAGUGAUUUCGAGAUUGGAUUUACUGACAUAACGUCAAAAUCGGGAAAAGAUAAAAUGAUGUGAUUUGUUUUCCAGUGAUCUUUUUGUCAAUACUAGAGUUUUUCUGGCUUUGGAAGCAUGAUAGAAUGAUGUCUUUAGGGUGCAUCAAAAUCCUUUCCCUGCUAGUUACUGGAAAUGUCAUUGUUAUAUAAAUAUUCUCAAAUACAGGAAGUGGAGGAGAUGUUUGAAGAGGCAUCCCUUCUGAACAAAACCUGCCUGGAGGUAGAAGAGUUAAAGUAACAAAACCAAAGAAAACAGGAUGAAUUCUUCCUCUGAUUUCCAUUUCAGGGAACAGGGACUCAUAUAACAGAGAGGAGAGGUGAGGGGGCUGUUAAACAGCUCUAUCUACCCACAGACAAGAUUAUGCCAUGUGUCACCGCCACCCCUCACUGGCAUCUUCAAAUUCCCACCUGCUUCAUACUACUUGAAAACUUUUUCUUAACACAAAGGGGAUCUAAUAAAACUAUUUAUGUUAAGACAUAAAUGUCUGCUACUGUAGAAUAUGUUUAUUUUACCCGGUAUAUUUUUAAUUUAAAUGAGAAAAAACUUAUCAAAGUGAUGACUAAAAACACUUGUGACUAUCUAGUAGACACUCAGUAAAAAUGAUGAUGGAAACAACUAACAUUAUUUCCACCGAUAGACAAGUCCUGACUCCUUUCCAAAGAAUUAUGAACCAUCCAUUAGACAAAUAUUUGUGCCUAACUGUGAAAAAUUCAGUAAUCAAAAAUCUUUUCAAAGAAAAAUCGUUUUGGUUUUUCUCAAUAAACAUAAUGCUAUUGUUUUCUGUU